CAUCGAAGCAACUAAGGGACAUCAUUCUGUCACUGGCCGCGACUCGAUUCGGUUUAGUGUUGUUGUACAUCCUCCAAGCUAAGCUGUGUUGAUCGUUGUGGUUGGUGUUGGUCGACGAGACCCUCGGUCGUAUAAUUUACAAUUUGAUUAAUUUAAUUAUCAUUUAACUGGAAAUCAAUAGUUCGCCUCGAUGUAAGUGAACGGAAUGGCCGAGCGGUCGAGUUAAAUGUUCCAGAAGUUUGGCGUCGAAUAUAAUAAUAAUAAAUUAUAAUUAAUUGAAUUUUUGAUACAAAAUGGAGGCGCGCUGCAGAUUGUGCUUUGAAGAGCGCUCGGAGUUGGAACGUAUAUUCCCGGACAAUGAAGACGAAGAUGAUGUAGAUUGGGAAUCUCAGGUGGCAAUAAAAAUUUUCAAAUGUACCUCACUUCAGUUGCCAGUUGACGAUGAUGAUUUGACCGCCCAAAUUUGCAAACCAUGCAUGGCCAAGCUGGACGAAUUCUUCCAGUUUCGAGUGACUUGUCGUAAAAAUAACUUACAGUAUUGCAAGAAGAAACGAAAAGCGCCGACGUCGGGUAAUGCAAAUGACUCGGUCGAAGAGUGUAGGAAUGAGCAGCAGGACAAUGAGGAUAUUAGUCUGGAUAAGUUGGACGAAACUCUGCUUCGAGCACUGGAAGGCAAAGAUGUAUCGAUGGAUGGAUCUCCAUUCGAUAACACGUUUGCCAGUGAGGUAAAACCGGAAGAUUUGCUCAAGAUUAGCCUGGGAUUCAAUGAAGAUCAGUCGAUGUCAGCGGAUGAGCCUGUUAGCUCAAGCUCUGCGCGAUGUAACGAAUGUGGAGGAGAAUUUUCGUCAGCAUUUGAACUCAACCAGCACAUACCUUUCUGUGCUUCCCGAUCCAAGCCUGAUGGCUUCAAUUUGCAAAUCUCAAACGUUGUUGGACGAGUCGACCUUAAUUGCUACAUUUGCCACAAAAUGUUCUCCACCAUGCAAGAACUCAAAUACCAUGAAUCCAUGCAUUCCAAUACGAAUUCAAUGAAGUGCAAUUUCUGUCUUCAAACAUUCACCUGCUCUCGUACUCUCAAGUUCCAUAUGGACCAACACAAGAUGAAGAACACCCUACCGGACGGUCGAUUCAAGUGCGAUCUCUGCGAUGCGACUUUCAAACUCUAUGGAAACCUGAUUAUCCAUCGUAGAAGUCACACGGGAGAAAGACCUUACGCGUGCAACAUCUGCGGCAGAGCGUUCUCCACUUCCAGUAAUAUGAAAACCCACAUGAACGUCGUGCACUCGCAGGAUCGGCCGUACAAGUGUCAGCAGUGCUACAAAAGUUUCAACUCGGAGGCUCGCCUUCGAUCCCAUGCGGAAACACAUUCGUAUCCGCUGGCGGGAAUGUCGAUGGGAAGCAGUUCGGGAGAGUCAGCAGCAGGACCUGCUAUUGGUGGCGAACUGUCCAGCACGUGUAAGAUUUGCAACAAAACCUUCAGCCAUCCGUCGUAUUUGACCAUUCACUACCGGGUGCAUACCGGCGAACGACCUUACCAGUGCAAGUUCUGUUCCAGCGCGUUUGCCACCAGCGGAAACCUGAAAGUUCACAUGAGAAUUCAUGCCACGCUAAAAGUUCGGCCCUAUAAAUGCAAUAUGUGUACGAAGUCUUUCCUUCAUGCUAGCAAUCUGUCGGUUCAUAAGAAAACACAACACUAUUAGAUUGUAGGUGUGUGGUUUAAUAUUUUACUGUAGAGAUUAGUCAAAUGGUUGCUUUUAACUAUUGAUGUUAGCGGUCUUCGAUGGGUUCUUCUAUGAUAAACCAUUUCAGUUAAGCUUUUGCUUAAAUUUAUUAAUUUAUUAUCUAUGAUCGUUCUACUUAUUGAAAUAUACAACUUUGUAUACUUUUAUAUUUUAUUUACACAUAAUUUAUUCUAGCUUUAAUUCAGAAACCCGUAUUAUGAAAUAGUGUUUAAUCAUUUUGUUAAUUGAUAAUAAACACCCCGAUGAUAAAAUACCAAAAUUUGGACAGCAACAAACCGUUACUUCAAUUUAUGGUUGAGUAUGAAGCAUACCAAUCUCAUUUCAUUAUUUUUUUCAUCUGUCAACGUUAUAAGUUUGAAUAGAAUGGAAGGUCAUAGCUCACAGUGUUAUUUGAAGUAUUUAUUUUCAGACGUUGGCAAAGCUAAUAUGUGGCAUUUUGUUGAAACAUAAAUUGUGGCGAAUGUUUUGGAAAAAAAAAUACAAGAAACGUGUGAGGUCAGUGAUUGAGAAGGAAAUUACUUUAGCUUACAGGUUUAUUUACUUCAAGUUCACCAACUAGUUAGAAAUCAACACAAAUGAUUAAAUGCUAUUAAUACAAGAUAGGCGCGAAUACUCCAAAGUGUAGAUGAAUCUAUUUAUGUGUAUAAUGAACUGAACUUCUGUUGUUGCUUCCUUGAUUGUAAGUUUUAGUAAAAUUCUCCAUGUUCAGUGCUUCACUAUAGAGUUUAGCGAUUCCGCAUGUUCAAUCCGCAUUUUAUUGUAUAAACAUACAUAUUAUAAUGCAACAAUAAGUAAUAAUCAAAAAUAAAGUACUUACACACAUCCGAUAUUACACAAA